AUGAUUGUUAUUAUUUUAGGAGGAGUAAUAGGAGUAGCAACUAUAGUUUACUUAAGUUUAUAAAAGCCUGAAUAAGAUAGUAAAAAAAAUGAUGUGAUAGAAGAAGAUAAUUAAUGUAAAGAAAAGUCAAAAGUUAACAAUGAAUAGAUCUAAUAAAAAACCUAAGAAGAAAUAGAACAAGCCUAAAAAGAAUUUAAUAAAUAAAAAUAAGAAGCUGUGAAUAGAAAAGAGAGAUUAUUAAGCAGACUUACUGAUAAAGAAAGAGAAAUUUUUGAGGGUUACAUCAACGAUAUGACUAAAAUCGAUGAUAAAAAAACAAGUUCAAGUAGUGAAUCUUUUUUUAUUGAACUUCUGUUCGUACUUGCUGGAUUGGUAUUUGUUUAUGCUUUAGUAGCUAUUUUAGGAAACCGUUUUUACACACCAUUUGAAAUAUUUGAUAUCCUUAAAAUUUACUUUGUUGGUAUUGGAGGAAAUUAGCAAUCAUCUUAAAAUUAAAACAGUUCUCCUUUCAUUAUAAAUAAUCCUUCUACUUCUGGAUAAGAUUUAUGA